UUUUUCUGUAUUGAGACUACUUUGGUGAUGAGCCUUGGCUGAGAUUAUUAAUGCUCCAACGUACUCAGUGCUCUCUUGACUGGGUUCGUUGUCCUUUGGGGAUAUUUAUCUUGUGCAGUCCCUCUUUCCUGACUCUCCCUGCAUACACCUUUAUGCUCUUAGAUAUCUCAACCAAAAGGAAUUCCAAAACCCAACGACUUCCUGGGAGAUCAUCUGAAUUUAAGAAUCAGAGUUCCUCAGUCUUCUAAAUUUUCUUUGUGUGCCUUGGCCUAAAAUGUCAAACUCCAGGUGACAGACAUCCUUGGGACAACUUUGCAUAGUCCUCUCCAGAAAGAAGCUCUGUGAUGUGUGGAUUGUGAGCUUGCUCAAGCAAGUCACGCUCUUUAUAAGGUACAACUAAACAUAAGGACUGGUAUGGAAGAGCCGGCACCACUGGAAGGCCCGGACCAACUCCCAAGCCCCCACCAGGGCUCUCUGAGGAGGGCUGUGGCUGCUGCUCUGGCCCUAGAUGGGGAAUCUACAAUGGGUCGCAGGAAAAAGAAGAGGAAAGAAUCCCGCCCAGAAUCUAUCAUCAUCUACCGGUCAGAUAAUGAGAAAAUGGAUGAUGAGCCUGAAGAUUCAGAAGGUGGAGAUCGGCCUAAAGAGGAAGAGGGAGAUGAUUUCCUAGACUAUCCCGUAGAUGAUGGUAUGUGGAACAUGCCUUUCGACAGUCGCUAUGUCACCUUAACAGGGACCAUCACACGAGGGAAGAAGAAGGGUCAAAUGGUAGACAUUCAUGUCACAUUGACCGAGAAGGAGCUGCAGGAAUUGACCAAACCCAAAGAGUCCUCAAAGGAAAUGGCACCUGAAGGGAGAAAGGCAUGCCAGAUGGGAGCAGACCGGGGGCCUCACGUGGUCCUUUGGACUCUGGUCUGCCUGCCCGUGGUCUUUGUCCUCUCUUUUGUUGUCUCUUUCUACUAUGGCACUAUCACCUGGUACAACAUCUUCCUUGUGUACAAUGAGGAGAGGACCUUCUGGCACAAGAUCUCCUGCUGCCCCUGCCUCAUUCUCUUCUAUCCAGUGCUCAUCAUGGCCAUGGCCUCUUCUCUGGGCCUCUAUGCUGCUGUGGUCCAGCUCUCGUGGUCCUGGGGGGCCUGGUGGCAAGCUGCCCGGGACAUGGAGAAAGGCUUCUGUGGCUGGCUGUGCAGCAAGCUGGGUCUGGAAGACUGUUCUCCCUACAGCAUCGUGGAGCUGCUUGAAUCUGACAAUAUCUCAGGCAAUCUCUCCAACAAGGAUUCUACCCAGGAUGUAGAAACUUCUACUGUCUAAACUGCCAGCAACUUCCUUCCUUCUCUGGAUCCAGUAGCCUAUAUAUAUCAUCUUACAAUUCCAGUAGAUUCUUUCUUCAAAUUAUCCCCUGUCCCCUACAGUUCUAAAAAAUCUUAGCCCACACUGAUCUUCACUACCAUCUUGAUGGUUCCCGGAAGGCAGACAACAGAAAAGCAACUGUGCCAAAGUAGUAGUCUACACAGUGAAUCAGCUCUUCUUAAUUCCUUGCCCUAAAAUGACCACUUGUCUUGGAUAGGGAAUUCCACUGUAUAUCAAUCCAGAAGCUUGAAGUUGUUACUGGUGCUGUAACCCAGGAGACUUUGUGACUCAAUGUGACAGGGAAAAUAAAGAAGCUCAGGGGUGGCCAAGUCCUCCGAGAAAAUUGACAGAGAUGGAGUGAAACGUUUGAAGUGCUGGGCUGCUAUGCAUAAUAGAAAGUAGUGAUUUGUGUGAAUCACUUAGGUUUAGAUUGGACUGAUUAAAAUUAAAGUCCUAAAAUAUCGGUCAUUAGUUUACUUCUUGUAUAGAAGUUAGGAGGCAAACAAUUCCACGAUCCUGUGAAGUCAUUGGUACCCCAGGUUUCUUCUUUUCCUGUACCAUUAGCAGGACAUGGCCCUUAUUACUGUUAUCCUCAAUAUUCCAGUGCUGACUAUGUCUUUAGCCAUCACAUUCCAUGUUUCUGGAUAAACAGAAGAAGGAGUGAAGAAGAGCAUACCCUUCUGUUUAAGGAGACUUCCCAGAAGAACCCCCUCUCAACAUUUUUAUAUCUGACUGGCCAGACCUUAGUCACAUGACAUCAUGAGCAAAAGAAGCUAGGAAAUGUAGUCUUUUGUCUAGGUAGUUAUAUUCUUAGCUAAAUAUUGGUGUUAUGUUAAUUUGAGGGAAAAAAGGGAAGAAUGACUAUUUUGGUAGGCAAGAAGGAAUCUCCACCUUGUGAUAACUAUUUAAAUUCAGAAUCCCAAACUACUAAUACAGUUUUAUUUAUUUAUUUAUUCAUUUAUUUAUUUAUUUUGGCUUGAAUCUUACACAGAAUUUAUGCAUAGAGAUGAGCUAUGUACACUACAUAUAUGCUAUCCAUUAUUCAUCAGUAUUAGCUUCUAGUUUGUAACUAAACUUCUGAAAUGUGUGGUUUCAGGGCUUUUUUUUUUUUUUUUAAAGCAAUAGUGGAUAGGAUAAUACAAUUACAUAAUGGUAGCAUAACUCUUCUUCCUGGUGGUGGAGGUGAAACAGGGGGUUGGUGAUAUUUAAUCAAUAAAGACUGAGAAGGGAGGGAUUGUGCCUCACAAACAUUCCCCCAGCAGGGAUCAUUAUCCCUAAACAUGAAGAAGCCAGAUUUAGCCUUCUGUGGUUUGGCAGAACCUCACUCAGAGCCUUACUCACUCAGAUCUUUCUAGUUUAACAACAAACAUGGUGUUUUCUAUGCUAAGAAGUUUGUCUUCAUGGCCUGAGGGUGUAUAUUAGAUUAAACCAGAUGAAAAAGAUUCUGAAUUUUAAAAAAUCAAAGGUGUCUUUUUAAUUUUAAAAUAUCAAAGCCCAAAGAGGUCAGCAGAUUUUGGAAGUUUGGAUCCUUACAAGAAAAGCCGGUGCUUCUUUUUGUUUCUGUCUUGGAAAGAAGCUGUUGAAAGAACUGCUGUGACCUAAACCAGAGGUAUAAGCCAUGCUUUCCACAGAAAGCCAGGAACGUUUGCUUAAUGUAUGGUGCUGAACUCCACCUUCAGAAGAAAUCUUCUUUCUUUUUAUUCAACUGUCAUUAGUUUGACUAGAGGGAAAAAAAAUGUGCCCAGCAUUUUUGAAGAUAAUCUUGGUGCUUUCUGGUGUAUUUGCAGAGAUAUGAACAAUUGAAAUGCAGAUAAAGAAAAUAAAAAAGUGAAAUGUGA